CUCCGCCGGCUCCGGGGCCCAUUCACCCGGGCGCUCGGGGAGGCAGGAGGCAGGGCGGGGAGCGCCAUGCAGCUUGGAGCUCCUCACCUCCAUUGGACGCGUGUGCCUCCUCUCUGCAGCCGCAGGACGCUGCCCUCCGCCGGCCGGCCGCCCCUGCAGCUCGGCCCUCACCCCCGCCGCACCCUCCACGCGCCCGCACCGCGGGGUUCGGCCGCAGGUGCUUCGUCUCCGGAGAUCGCUUCACCUUAACUUUCCCAUCAGACACGAGGAUGGGGAGAAAAUGAAGAGACCCCACUAGCGGCUGGCUGACGGGCCGGAGCCAGGGUCCGUGCGCCGGAGCCGAGCCCAGGCGAGCGGCGGGCGCCUGUAUUUUUAGCCAGAUGCCGCGUAACUUGCUGGCGCUCCCCGCGCCUCCGAGCAGAUAACGGGGGAGGGGAGCCGGGCGCGGGCUCAGAUUUCCGCGCGGGCGCCGGACGAUGGCAGCGCGACAGGGCAGGUCGGGUCCAGACGCCGCGGCAGAUGCUGCUACCAGCUUCCUGAGGGCAGCACGAUCAGGUAACUUGGACAAAGCUUUGGAUCACCUGCGGAAUGGGGUAGACAUUAACACCUGUAACCAGAAUGGGUUGAACGGCUUGCAUCUGGCCUCUAAGGAAGGCCACGUGAAGAUGGUGGUUGAACUUCUGCACAAAGAGAUCAUCUUGGAAACAACAACCAAGAAGGGGAACACGGCGCUGCACAUCGCCGCCCUUGCAGGGCAGGACGAGGUGGUGCGGGAGCUCGUCAACUAUGGCGCCAAUGUCAACGCCCAGUCGCAGAAAGGCUUCACACCUCUGUACAUGGCAGCACAAGAGAAUCACUUGGAGGUGGUUAAGUUCUUACUGGAAAAUGGAGCUAAUCAGAAUGUGGCCACAGAAGACGGCUUCACCCCUCUGGCCGUGGCCUUGCAGCAGGGCCAUGAGAAUGUGGUGGCCCACCUCAUCAAUUACGGGACAAAGGGGAAGGUACGCCUCCCGGCCCUGCACAUCGCAGCCCGCAAUGACGACACGAGGACGGCCGCGGUGCUGCUGCAGAAUGACCCCAACCCUGAUGUGCUUUCCAAGACGGGAUUCACCCCCCUCCACAUCGCAGCUCAUUACGAGAACCUCAAUGUGGCCCAGCUUCUCCUCAACCGGGGAGCCAGCGUCAACUUCACGCCCCAGAACGGCAUCACGCCGCUGCACAUCGCCUCCCGCAGGGGGAACGUGAUUAUGGUGCGGCUCCUGCUGGACCGCGGGGCCCAGAUAGAAACAAGGACCAAGGAUGAAUUGACACCUCUCCACUGUGCAGCUCGGAAUGGGCACCUGCGAAUCUCAGAGAUCCUACUGGACCACGGGGCACCCAUCCAAGCCAAAACCAAGAACGGCUUGUCCCCAAUCCACAUGGCGGCUCAGGGAGACCACCUCGACUGUGUCCGACUCCUAUUGCAAUACAACGCAGAGAUAGAUGAUAUCACGCUGGACCACCUGACCCCACUCCACGUGGCAGCCCACUGCGGCCACCACAGGGUGGCCAAGGUCCUUUUGGAUAAAGGGGCCAAACCAAACUCCAGAGCCCUGAAUGGCUUUACCCCCCUACACAUCGCCUGCAAGAAGAACCACAUUCGAGUCAUGGAGCUGCUGCUAAAGACGGGCGCCUCCAUCGACGCUGUCACUGAGUCUGGCCUGACGCCUCUCCAUGUGGCCUCCUUCAUGGGGCACCUGCCUAUCGUGAAGAACCUGCUGCAGCGGGAUGCUUCACCCAAUGUCUCCAACGUGAAAGUGGAGACCCCACUACACAUGGCAGCCCGAGCAGGGCACACGGAAGUGGCCAAAUAUUUGCUCCAGAACAAAGCCAAAGUCAAUGCCAAGGCCAAGGAUGACCAGACCCCACUUCACUGUGCAGCUCGCAUCGGCCACACAAACAUGGUGAAGCUCCUGCUGGAAAAUAACGCCAACCCCAACCUGGCCACCACUGCUGGGCACACCCCCCUGCACAUCGCGGCCCGAGAGGGCCAUGUGGAAACGGCACUGGCCCUUCUGGAAAAGGGGGCAUCCCAGGCGUGCAUGACCAAGAAAGGAUUUACCCCUCUCCAUGUGGCGGCCAAGUAUGGGAAGGUGCGGGUGGCUGAGCUGCUGCUGGAGCACGACGCACACCCGAAUGCUGCCGGGAAGAAUGGCUUGACGCCCCUGCAUGUGGCUGUUCAUCACAACCACCUGGACAUCGUCAAGCUGCUGCUGCCCCGGGGCGGCUCUCCGCACAGCCCUGCCUGGAAUGGCUACACUCCCCUGCACAUCGCCGCCAAGCAGAACCAGAUGGAGGUGGCCCGCAGCCUGCUGCAGUACGGGGGCUCGGCCAAUGCUGAGUCAGUGCAGGGCGUGACACCUCUCCACCUGGCAGCCCAGGAGGGUCACGCCGAGAUGGUGGCCCUGCUGCUGUCUAAACAGGCCAACGGCAACCUGGGCAACAAGAGUGGACUCACUCCCCUCCAUCUGGUCGCACAGGAAGGCCACGUUCCAGUGGCCGACGUGCUGAUCAAACACGGUGUCACGGUGGAUGCCACCACCCGGAUGGGUUACACUCCACUCCACGUGGCCAGUCACUAUGGGAAUAUCAAGCUGGUGAAGUUCCUGCUACAGCACCAGGCAGACGUCAAUGCCAAGACUAAGCUUGGAUAUAGCCCUUUGCAUCAGGCAGCUCAACAAGGCCAUACGGACAUUGUGACACUGCUUCUCAAAAACGGUGCUUCCCCAAACGAGGUCAGCUCGAAUGGAACCACGCCUCUGGCCAUAGCCAAGCGCCUGGGCUACAUUUCUGUAACAGACGUGCUCAAGGUUGUGACCGACGAAACCAGUGUUGUGUUGAUCAGUGACAAGCACCGGAUGAGCUUCCCUGAGACGGUGGAUGAGAUCCUGGAUGUCUCUGAAGAUGAAGGAACUGCUCAUAUAUCUAUAAUGGGGGAAGAACUUGUGGGCCUCAAGGCCGAGAAGGACUCCAGAGAUGUAGACGAAGAGAAGGAGCUGCUGGACUUUGUGCCGAAGCUGGACCAAGUGGUGGAAUCCCCGGCCAUCCCACGGAUUCCUUGUGUCACACCUGAGACAGUGGUGAUCAGAUCUGAAGAGCCAGAACAGGCAUUAAAAGAGUACGAUGAAGACUCUCUCAUCCCCAGCAGCCCGGCCACAGAGACCUCAGACAAUAUCAGCCCGGUGGCCAGCCCCGUGCACACAGGGUUCCUGGUGAGCUUCAUGGUGGAUGCUCGCGGGGGCUCCAUGCGCGGCAGCCGGCACAACGGCCUGAGGGUGGUGGUCCCACCCCGGACAUGCGCAGCGCCCACCCGCAUCACCUGCCGCUUGGUGAAGCCUCAGAAGCUGACCACGCCGCCCCCACUGGCCGAGGAGGAGGGCCUGGCCAGCAGGGUCAUCGCCCUGGGACCCACGGGAGUCCAGUUCUUGAGCCCUGUGAUUGUGGAGAUCCCCCACUUUGCCUCCUAUGGCCGCGGGGACCGAGAGCUUGUGGUGCUUCGGAGUGAAAAUGGCUCUGUGUGGAAGGAACAUAAGAGCCGUUAUGGAGAAAGCUACCUGGAUCAGAUCCUCAAUGGGCUGGAUGAAGAGCUGGGGAGCCUGGAGGAACUGGAGAAGAAGCGGGUCUGUCGCAUCAUCACCACCGACUUCCCCUUGUACUUCGUGAUCAUGUCGCGGCUCUGCCAGGACUAUGACACCAUCGGCCCGGAGGGGGGCUUUCUGAAGAGCAAGCUGGUCCCCUUGGUGCAAGCCACCUUCCCAGAAAAUGCUGUCACCAAGAGAGUGAAGCUGGCGCUGCAGGCCCAGCCUGUACCAGAUGAUCUGGUCACCAAACUCCUGGGCAAUCAGGCCACGUUCAGCCCCAUUGUCACCGUGGAGCCUCGGCGCCGCAAGUUCCACCGUCCCAUUGGGCUCCGGAUCCCACUCCCUCCCUCCUGGACAGACAACCCGAGGGACAGUGGGGAGGGAGACACCACCAGCCUGAGGUUGCUGUGCAGUGUCAUUGGAGGGACAGACCAGGCCCAAUGGGAGGACAUCACAGGAACCACCAAGCUUGUGUACGCCAACGAGUGUGCCACCUUCACCACCAAUGUCUCUGCCAGGUUCUGGCUGUCGGACUGCCCUCGGACGGCCGAAGCCGUGAACUUCGCCACCCUGCUGUACAAGGAGCUCACUGCGGUGCCCUACAUGGCCAAGUUUGUCAUUUUUGCCAAGAUGAACGACCCCCGCGAAGGGCGUCUGCGCUGCUACUGCAUGACAGAUGACAAGGUGGACAAGACUCUGGAGCAGCACGAGAACUUCGUGGAGGUGGCCCGGAGCCGGGACAUAGAGGUUCUGGAAGGGAUGCCCCUCUUUGCAGAGCUCUCGGGAAACCUGGUGCCCAUCAAAAAGGCUGCACAGCAGCGGAGCUUCCUCUUCCAGUCGUUCCGGGAGAACCGGCUGGCCAUCCCUGUCAAGGUCAGGGACAGCAGUCGAGAACCGGGAGGGUCCUUGUUGUUCCUGCGCAAGGCGAUGAAGUACGAGGACACGCAGCAUAUCCUCUGUCACCUGAACAUCACCAUGCCACCCUGCACCAAGGGCAGUGGAGCCGAGGACCGGAGGAGGACCCUGACGCCACUGGCCCUGAGAUACAGCAUCCUCAGCGAGUCCACGCUGGGCUCCCUGAGUGGCACAGAGGGGCCAGACAAGAUGGCUGUUAUAGCAGAGCACCUGGGCCUCAGCUGGGCCGAGCUGGCCCGGGAGCUUCAGUUCAGUGUGGAAGACAUCAACAGGAUCCGCGUGGAGAACCCCAACUCCUUGCUGGAGCAGAGUGCAGCCUUGUUGAAUUUGUGGCUCACCCGUGAAGGCAAAGAUGCAAAAAUGGACAACCUGUACGCAGCCCUGCGCAACAUCGAACGCGGUGAGAUCGUGAACAUGCUGGAGAACUCCGGCAGACAGAGCCGCAGCCUGAAACCCUACUCAUCGUCCCCCUCCCAGAUGAAUGGUUACUCCUCGCUGCAGGACGAGCUGCUGUCCCCCGCCUCCCUGCACUACGCGCUUCCCUCUCCGCUGCGCGCAGACCAGUACUGGAACGAGGUGGCCGUCAUAGACGCCAUCCCCUUGGCGGGCACGGAGCAUGACGCCAUGCUGGAGAUGUCUGACAUGCAGGUGUGGUCCGCGGGCCUCACGCCCUCCCUGGUCACUGCUGAGGACUCCUCUCUGGAGUGCAGCAAGGCCGAGGACUCGGACGCCACCGGCCACGAGUGGAAGCUGGAGGGGGCGCUCUCCGAGGGACCCCAGGGCCCCACGCUGGGCUCUCUGGACCUCGUGGAGGACGACACAGUGGAUUCAGAUGCCACAAAUGGCCUUAUCGAUUUGCUUGACCAGGAGGAAGGUCAGAGGUCAGAAGAGAAGCUGCCAGGUCAUGAGAGGCAGGCGGACUCGCCAGGUGCAGGGCAGGACUCAGAGAAUGAAGUGUCUCUUGUUUCAGGCCAGCAGAGGGUACAAGCCCGCAUCACAGAAUCCUCCAGCGUGAGUCGGGUGACGGAGUCCAGCCGGGACAGGCUGCAGGCGUGGGAUGCAGAAGGCUCCAUCAUCUCCUACCUGCAAGAGGUGACUCAGGGUUCCUGGCCAGAGGAGAGAACGGUCCACACCAUCAGAGACCUGGAGCCCAGCGGGUCCCGGGAAUCCGAGGAGGUCCUGGGGUCUGCGGCCGAGCACUUGGAGGCCGGCAGGGAACAGAGACUUCGAGGCUCCCAAGAAUGGAUGCCAGAGGCUGACAGCACCUUCUCCUUCCAGGGGAAUGAGUUUCUUCAGAAUAUUCCAGGGGAGCAGGUGUCAGAGGAGCAUUACACGGAUGAGCAGGGCAAUGUCGUCACCAGGAAGGUCAUCCGCAAAGUUGUUCGCCAGAUAGACCCGUCCGGAGCCGAUGACACCCAGGAGCACGAGGAGGUGAUUUCUGAGGGGCCCCUGGAGGACCCUCAUGAGCUGGAGGCUGAUAUUGAUUACUUUGUCACACCUGCCAAGGUGGAGCUGAGAGGGAACAGCCUUCACCCAGACCUGAUAGAGGGCAGGAAGGGGGCACAGAUAGUGAAGCGGGCCAGCCUCAAAAGGGGGAAGCAGUGAUCUCAAGCCCCUCCCUGUCGAAUGGCCUCUCUGGAGGAUCACACCUCGACACCCAACCCUUGAACUCCACACACUCUGCCACGCACCCAGGAGGAGAGCUGGCCCGGAGGCCCCGGAAGCAGCACACACGUCCCCCCGGAGGCUGACGGCAUGACCUCUGUAAGGGACUUCCUUUAGUCACCUACUCGCAUGAAGGACUGACUGUAGACGCAUGACCUGCAGUCCUCAAUCCUGCCUCUAGGACUGUGGAGCUCUGUUGGGAAUCAGGACAGGAUGAAGCCACCCGAGCAGAGAGAGAGAGAGAGGGACGCGAGGGCGCAGGAGAGCGCUGAGCGCAACAGCAAACAAGGGCUUUUUUGUGGCUGGGAUGAGAUAUUUUUUUAAAUCAUUUGAAUUUCGACGUGUUACAGGGUACUUUUUUUUCAACCUCAUCUGUAGGAAAUCCAUGUGAGCUUCCUGGAAAGGAAAAAAAAAAAAACAAGAACCAGUUCAGCCCCUUAAUCCCUUGUCCUCGUCUGCCAGCCUUCCCCACCCCUACACCCCACCCACCAUUUAUGACCGUCCCUUCCGAUCCCCAGUGGACUGAACCUUCCAGGACGCUCUACAUGGCAUCAGGACACACACACAUGCGCACAGACACAUACACCCUCUCCCCUCUACUUAGUAUACACACACAGAUUUUACUGUGACGUCUGAAGCUGUGUAGACUCUCCUGUGGAUAAACUGGAAUUUUUUUUAUGUUGUCUCUCUCUCUCUCCGCCAGUUUCAGUAUCAAUCAUCUUCCAAUGGAAAAUCAUCACCUUUAGAGUGCAUUCGGGGUUCCUUAUGUUAGGGACAUAAGAAUUGAGGCGAGGACCCCCCAGGCUUAGCUGUAGGGCUCCAAGGUAGCCGGCGCCCCCAUCUGAAAGGGUCUUGCAGCUGGGGGAGGGCCGGUGGCUGUCCCAGGAUUGCACCAGCAUGUUCAAUAGAGAAGAGGUUUUCUAUAUCUUCAAGCACUUAUAUCAUAGUCCGUGUUCAAAGUGUAAACUCUGCAGUAAUCAGCCUUGUGUAUAUGACAAACAAUAAAUACUAUGCAAACUAAUAGAAACACUUUAGCAGUAUGUACAAAGCACUAACAGCUCAGCUCUGGAGGACUUCUCCAGGCUGCGGGAGAAGGACCUACUUAGCCCGUCUGUCGGUGAAAGAGGAAGGGAGAAGUAGUGAAGGUUCCUGCCCCAUCGGAUCGCAGGUCAGUGGCCACCCCGAGGUCUCCCAGAGCGAACUUGGUGCUCUAAGCCCAGGCAGCCUCCAGCAUGGGGGGGGGGGGGGGGGCUGGGCUGCACCGCCUCAGUGCCCCCAGCAGGCCAAGCCCCUCUGACCACCCCCCCACGCACACCCCGCGGAGAGGCGGCGGAGGGGCCCCCUCCUGACCACGCGCCCAGGAACGGAGAGCGCAGGAGGAGAGACAGCGGCAGACCACCGGGAGGCCUCCCCUGGCCAGGACUGAGAUCCUCCCGGGCCAGGGGCCCCGUCAGGGCAGGAAGGAGACAGAACGGCCGGCUGUUCCUCGCCUCGGUGCCAUCAGGGAAGAGCCUUAAAGUUCCACCAGAGGCCCCCCCCCCUUCCCCGCCCCAGCAGAGGGAGGCCCGAAUCAGCACAACGCGCCCCGCGCGGCGCCGCCCAGGCCAGGAGAGGACUGGCAGGCUCUUCUCGCCCUCCCGAGGGCCACUGUUUUGUGGAUGUGCAGUCACCUUCCUCCCUGCCGCUCUUCCGAGGUGUCCUCAGAACACAUCCGAACCUUCCGAGUAGCACAGAAGCUCCCUCGAUGUCACAGCCCCCGAGGCCGGCACCAGCGCACAGGGGAUCCCCCCCACCCCGUCCCGCCCCGCCACCUGUUCCGGCUGGGGUGGGCGGGGCGGGCUCAGCUCCCCGAGGGGCGCGCGGGGUAGAGGGAGCCCCGCCCCGCGGGGGCUGCGCGCAUAGCAUCUCCGCCGGCCGGUCCCUCCGCCCAGCCCCGGCUGCCAGACUCGGUCAAGGCCAAGGAAGACAGGCGCAGGGCCCCCUCCCGCCGCGAUCUGUCCCUGCCUCGCCCGGCGCCGCCGCUGCCGCCGCCGCCGCCACCGCCGCCGACCCAGUAGCCCCUGUAGAGCCGCGGCCCCGGCCCCGCUGCGCUUUGGCCCCCGCUCUGCCUGGCAUGGCUGCUUGGCCCGCCGGCCCCCUCGGCCCCGGGCGGCAUGCUGCGUCCGCUGCUAGUAGGGGCUGUUACGGGAGGGGUUUGGGGUCUCCACACGUUGCCUAGAGAAUGCUGCAGUCUGCACCUUAGACGCUUUUUAGAAGUUUUGGAAUUACCUUGAUUUUUUAAAUUGUUAUGGAAAAUGAUUCUUUUUUUGACUCUCUCCCACCUGCUCUGUUCUCGGGAGGGAACCCCCCCCACCCCACUCUGAUGUAUAGACCAUUCUCCCUACACCAGCUGAACAAAUGUCAAAAUUAAUAAAGAAACCGACUUAUGGCACAGGCCUCCA